AAAAAACAACACGACUAUUGAAAAAUUGUUUUAGAUAUGGAACAAAAAAAUUCUCGGAUAGUUUUCUCUAAACUGGAACCAGAUUAAAUUUACCGGGACCACUAGAAGCAAAGUUACUGGAACUAAUAGAAAAGAAGCUACCGAAAGUGGAACCAAAACUCUCGUUCUCGCACAUCUCUAAUUUUCUCUUUGCUAAACUUGCAAGUUAAUUACGCAAGAUAUUAAUAUUUUUCUAUAUAACAUAAAUUUAUUCUUUUCGAAUAGAAAUUGGAUUUAUUUUUUUAGGUCUGUAGCUAUUGAUAUAUUUAAGUAUGCUAUACCUUAUUCAGAUAUCUUUGGUGGUGUAACAGCAUUUCAUUCAUCAGAUAUUCUUGGUACAAAUGGUCAUCCAACAGUUUAUUGGGGAUGGGGUGGUGAAGAUGAUGAUAUAUAUUUCCGUGUUGUUAAAAAAUUAAAAAAAUCGAUAAUACGUUAUCCAAUUGAAAUAGCUCGUUAUAAAAUGAUUCGUACACAUGGUCAUACAGCUGCUGAAUCAAAUUCACAUCGUCUUACGAUAUUACAUUCAAAAUAUGAUUAUAAUCUUGACGGUAUAAAUACAACAAAUUAUACAUUACAUAAUAUAGUUUUUUAUAAAUUAUUUACAUUGAUUAAUGUAACAUUACCUGAAGAAUCAUUCGAACAUAUUCGUACACGUUUACAUAUAAAAAAUAAAAAUUAA